ACCUUCGAGCCGCCCCGUCUGCCUGCGCUUAUCCCGUCACUCUGCGCUCGGUCACUGCCGCGUGACGGGCCGUGUCGGAUUGAGCUCUGCGCGUGCUGCUUUAGGGUUAUCGUGACGCUGACCAGCCGGUGACGUUCCAGCACGCUUCAUGUCGAACCCAGAACCUCACGUCACAGACGUCAAAGAGGGCGCAAGCGCGCCGUCGUCGGUGCGUUUCGUCGUCGUGGAUACGGACCUGGGCGUCGACGACGCUCAAGCUAUCGGCAUGCUGCUGUCGGCCGAGCGGCGUGGCGAGCUGCGCGUACUGGGAAUCACCACCGUGGCCGGCAACACCAGCGUCAAGAACGCCACGCGCAAUACACGCCGCCUGCUCGCCACAUACGGCCGUCUGGACGUGCCUGUGUAUGCUGGCGCUCACUGCUUCCUGCUGAGUGGAACAGAUGACCCCCCUGACCAAUACCACGGGGAGAACGGGCUCGGUAACGCCCGCUUCGAGGAGCCGCUGCCCGCAGUCAAACAGCGGCCGGAGCAUGCCGUGACGGCACUCUCUCGCCUCGCCAGCGAGCACAAAGGGGAGCUGACGGUCGUGGCACUGGGACCACUAACAAAUAUCGCCUUGGCUGCACGCAUGGACCAGGAGUUCAUGACGAAUAUCAAUGAUAUCUACCUUAUGGGUGGAAACUACACAGGCCUCGGCAACGUGACGCCGUCCGGCGAGUUCAACUUCGUCUGCGACCCGGAGGCGGCGAACAUCGUGCUCGCGUCCGUGCGCCGACCCAUCUUAAUCGCCUCGUGGGAGGUCUGCCUCAACCACGGCCUCGACAUGGCGUGGAGGAAAACGGUGCUGGGCGCCGUGGACUCACCCGCGGCCCGCUUCUUCGGAGCCGCUGAGCGCGCCGUGCUUGAGGACUGCACCUUCGGCGACUGGAUCACGUGCGACCAAGCAGCCGCCGCCAUGCUAAUCCGGCCCGAGAUCGUGCUCAAACAGUCGACGCACCACGCCACGGUGGAGCUGCAUGGGAAGUUCACUCGCGGCCAGAUGGUGGUGGACAGGCGCAGCUGGAGCGAGCCCACAGCUCUUGGCAGGAACGUCACUGUAAUCGAGGCUCUCGACCUCGAGCUCUACAAGAAGAUGCUGCUCGACGCGUUCGGCCAUCCGGGGGUCGUGUUCUGAGGCACGCCGCCGCCGCCGCCGCCGCCGCCGCCGCCGCCGAUUUUAUUUGUUCUCACUUAUGAGAACAAAUAAAAUGCCGCACAUUCCCCCUUUGUAGCGAGCUGGAGUCAACCCGCAGUGAUCGAAGCUGCAUUGCUGCCCAUGUUAACGAUCCGCAGCGGUCAAGUUAAGCCUUGUGUUCGGCAAAAGACGCUUAGGUGACGCUUGUGAUCGUUAUCGCACAUUCGUUGUCAUGUUGGGGAGAUAAUGCGUGAAAUGAAACUAGUGCAUCUCAAUAUAUUCUGAUUAUUCAGUUACGUAGAACUGGCACUCUGACAACAUACGGUGUUAUUAUUUGACUAUAAACAAACAUUUUGGAUGAACUUAGAUUUUGGAAUGUAAUGCAUUUAAUACCAUGGAAGCGGUUUUGUGAGGUUGAUUCAACAUAGCAUCCAAAGACCAACAGGAAAUGAGAUUAAACUGACGCACAGUGUGCACAUGCCACAGUUAGACGUCAUCAGAAUGACAGCCGAACAUCAUGCUCUGCCACCAUCAAUCGCAUGAAUUUCACGGUGCUUCAAUCGAGCGCAAAUGAAGCCGUACCAGUUCUCCUCCCUGUUUACGGAAGCAGAGGCCUCCGUCACCACCCUCACCGAGCUGUCUCCAGCUUGUGUGAGAACGGGAUGCGGUCUCAUCUCAGCGGCUGGUGGGCUAUGCGCCUGAUAGCCCCCUUCGACACGCUCCUGUUCAGCAGCACCUCCGCGAUCUCUUCUCGCGCCAAGUGGAUCACCUCCUCGUAGCGAACAGCUUGGAAGUUGACUUGCAGCAAAGCCAGGACUGACGGGCUUCCUCCUGAUCUUCUUCACGUGCCUUCGGUUGUCAACAUGUGUGUGAGCCAGCUCGUUCACGAAUAUGUCUCGAAUAUGGCUCGCUCGAAUACGGCUCGCUGUCGUUCUCGAAUAUGGCUCGCUGUCAGCAGCCAUCGCUGCAUUAGGCUCUGUGCGGUACCAGUAAGCAUUUGUUUGCAUUCCCGCAUUUCCUUCAACAGCGAGUGCUGCUGACCGUCGUGUAAGGUCUAGUCAUCUCGUGCGUGAUAUAUCGCAUUUCAGCAUUAUGGCCAGGGAUCAGCUGUUAACGAAACCAGACUACUGAAAGUAAUAAACUUCGUCACCAGAG